CGCUCGCACGGGGAGGAGGCUGAGGUGGCGAUGGCGGAUUUUGAUCCUUACGACGAUCGGGCCUACAGCAGCUUCGGCGGCGGCCGGGGGUCUCGUGGUGGUGGCCUGGGUUCCCGCAAACAGAAAGAGCUGCCAACAGAACCCCCUUUCACAGCAUAUGUGGGAAAUCUACCCUUCAACACUGUUCAAGGAGACAUAGAUGCUAUCUUCAAGGAUCUCAGUGUAAGGAGUGUACGACUAGUCAGAGACAAAGAAACGGACAAAUUUAAAGGAUUUUGUUACGUAGAGUUUGAUGAGGUGGAGUCGCUCAAGGAAGCUCUUACGUAUGAUGGUGCACUUUUGGGUGACCGAUCACUCCGAGUGGACAUAGCAGAAGGCAGAAAACAAGAUAAAGGUGGUUUUGGCUUCAGAAAAGGUGGUGGGCCUGAUGACAGAGGAAUGGGAGGAGGUUCCCGAGAAUCCAGAGGAGGUGGAUGGGAUUCCAGAGAUGACUUCAAUUCUGGAUUCAAAGAUGAUGACUUUUUGGGAGGUCGGGGUAGAGGAACUCGUCCUGGAGACCGGCGACCACCUGGUGCCUCAAUGGGAACUGGUGGCACCGGUCGCUUCAGAGAUGGGCCUCCCCUUCGUGGAUCUUCCAUGGACUUCAGAGAGCCAACAGAAGAGGAAAGAGCACAACGGCCCCGACUUCAGCUCAAACCUCGAACAGUUGCUACUCCCCUCAAUCAAGUAGCCAACCCCAACUCUGCUAUCUUUGGUGGAGCCAAGCCCCGAGAGGAAGUAGUAAAAGAGCACGACUGAGCUUGGGGUUGAGAGGGAAUGGGGAGGCGGGAAAAAAAGCAAGACAGUACAGAGUGACUAGCUCUGCUGGAAUGUCAACCCUGCAGUUUACCAUUCCUGCCAUCUGGCAUUUGUCCUCUUUGAAACCGAAAACACAGAGCUUGUGAAUGCAUGUCAGCUGUUAACAAGUGGUUUUUAGUACGUUCUUGGCUUUGCUGUAUCUAGUGCCUGCUUUGUGCUGAGUUUCCCUCUUCUGUUUCCUUCCAAGCAGCACAAUUGCCAGUAGAUAAGGCAGUGUAGCUGCGCUCACCAGUGUGUGGAGGUCUCUGGACAAAGGUGCUGCUUCACUUCCUUUCUGGGUUUGUUUUACUUUAGAAGCACAGGUUAGACUUAGUUAUUACCCUGUAUUGUUUCCUUUUUCUUCCUCAGUGCUCCUCUUCUGACCUGCAUGUCUUGUUCUGUAUUGCUGUGGCUCUGAAGAGGAAAGCUGGAGAGUCCAGACAAGUUGAACAGUUAGAGUAAUUCACAGUUCUAACCAUGUAGUGAGAUACCGUUUAUGACAAUUGAUGAUAGAAUUACUGUUUACAGCAGAGUUCUUUGUGAAAACGAAGGGGAUAACUGCCCUUUCACGCAGGUCACUGUGAAAUACCAACUUAAUAGAUGCAAAUAAAAUGAGUUGAGAAGAAGCCUGGUGAAUAGGUGGAGUCUCUAUGGAUAAAGCAUCUGCCAGUAGACUUUGCUGGCUGGCUGACUAUUGGCUUCAAAAUGGUAUAAUACUACACUUCUGAACUCAAGGUUAGUGCUGCAAAAAUGUGCCUGUUAGAGCACAAGUCCUCACUGGCUCUUCCUGCUUACAUUUCUUUGGGUUUUACAUGUUUGGUAAAUUUUUAAAUGAAGUUUCUACAAAUAAAAUUGACUUUUUUAUUUUUGUUUAAGGAGUGUAUACUUUGCCAUGCAGUAUGUAAUUGCCAUUAUCCUCUAUUUCUUUACCUAGUAGUGUACAGUUUUGAGACCUCUGCUUUCAGAAUACGUUGAAAAUGGACAGAUAAGAAAUCAUUAUGCUUUAGGUUCUACUCAUUUGGAAGUUUGGGUAAAAAGCAUCUCUAGUUGCCACAUCUCUGAACUUGAAGUGUUUCUUGCCAGUGUUCCUGGGAGUGUGUGUGUGGGAGGAGGGGGGUGAGGGGGAGGGGAGGCUGGAGCCAAUGGGGAGAGUAUUCAUGUUUAAAAACAACCUGGAUCUAUAACACUCUGUAGAUACGUCUGCAUGAGAAGAGCUCUUGGGCCCCUGAUGCUAGUGCUCACAGCUUUCAGAUAAAGCAGCCAACACACCAGAGUACUUGCAAGAGGGGUUUGGAAACAUGGCUGCUUCGCUAUGAGCCUCACUGCUAGUAGUGAAUUUCUUAAAGUUACCUUUGUCACAUCAGAGUCCCAGCAAUUUACAGAACUACUUUCCUUCCUUCUGCCUGUCACUUAAUCUGCUUCUGAGAUAAGAACCAUUUGUCUAACACUAAUACUUAAUUUAAGACAGACAUGCAUUUGUGUGGUUGUAUUCCAAACCAAUGAUUGACCUAUUUACAUCUUCAAUGUGGAAAAGAUUUUAAGAACAAAAUUCCCAUAUAAAAACUCACCUCUAGUCAAAGAAGUUGACUUUUAAAUGUAAAAAAAAAAGAGAAAAAAGAAAAAGGAAAAAAAAGAUUUCCAAACACUUAACACAUUCUGCUUCAUAACAAAAUAAAUUUAUGGAUAUGGUAUUUUGUGAAUGAUCUUUUAAAUAAAAGAAAACAUUAAGUAAUAUUUAACAUUGGUCUUUAUUUGAGUCUGCUAUAGCUUGGUUUUCCUCCAGUUCUCCAACACUGAAGUUAAUUUGGAAUUUUGGUUCCCUAAAUCUUGCAGGCCAUCUGUACCAGCCCCACUUCUUAUCCACGUAAGGGGGGAGGGGAAGAAAGCAGGAGGAAUCUAAUUUAAACGAAUGCUGGGAAUGUGCAGGUGACAAAGCUUGGGCAAAUUUGGAAGCAAACCCAAGUUCUUUGUCCUGUGGCUUCUGUAUAACCUCAGUUAUAGUGCAAAGGUAGUUGCUAGGGCAAGUUUGGAGGUCUUAUAGUUUGCAGUUUUAUAUAGCUCUUGCUACCAUUUCUUUCCUAGAACCUGGGUUCUGCUAACCUCUCAAGGAAAGUCUCCUGCCUGGUAAAGGACAAAACUGUGUGACCUCCCAGUUUGAGUAGUGAGCAGUUUAACAUAGCAUCUUUAUGUGCUGUGACAAAAAAAUGGAAAGAUUGGUUUUGCUUCUUUCCCCACUUUCUCCUAAGCUUUUGGCAGAGUCUUUUCCUGCUAGAUAUAACUGUUAAUGAGACUGCUGCCUUUUGUCUUUGGAAUAGUGCAUGCUGCAGGGUAAGUUAAAAGAGGGAGAGAAAUGUUUUUAUUGAGGAAACAAAUUCUGGCCAUCCUGCUGCACUCAAUGCUUUCCAUGGCAUGAAAGGAUGGAAAGUGCUUGCCUUCCAGCUAUUUGGUCCAGCCUUUAUCUUUAGACUUAGGACAGCUUGAGCAAGGAAUCCAGAGCCUGCUCUGGAGCAUCACACUAAGGCAGCUUGCGUGCUAGCACCUGACUGUCUUAUAUGAUUAGUUACUUGAGGUGUAAGUCUAGGGCUGGUUGGCUAGAGAUAGAAGGUCCUUGAGCUGCCCCUGCAAGACUUGUUAAUGGCUGGUCUUUCAAACCUUGUAAUGGUGGAAGCAUUGCUGUGUUUCAUUCUUCUGCAUGGAGAGAAGCAUUGCUGGCUUGUGAGAUGGUAGAAAGGUAGAAAAGGACUCAUCUUGUUCUAGUAGAUAUUUCUCUGUAUCUAUUAAUCAUUGUUUUGUCAAUGAUUUCCCAGGAGUGAAAAGGGGCUUAAUACUGAUACUGUUUAAUAUCUUAUUUUGAACCGUGUUCCUUGGAUGCAAGCAUUAAUGAGUUGCUUGGUUUCUGUGUAGUAUCCUGCCUUAUGCUUCUCUGGUUUAGGGGAAGACUUCUCCAUUAUUUUUUCUCUUCCCUCUUCAAAAACUUGUUUAUUUGAUCACCGUUCUCAAACUAAUUAUUCUAGCACAGAAGUAUAUCAAACUAGCUCAUGUCAAUAGCUGAGAAAACUACUAGCUGAGUGGCAUUUACAUUUCACAGAAGGAAGCAGGAUUUGUCCCCUUCUAUCAGCAAAAUGCAGUAAUGCUUAGACUGUGACAUAAUUUAUCUGCAGCUUUAAGCUAAACAUAGCAUGGUAAAACCUAGACCAGGAAGAUUACGAGCAGUGGCAACAAGUAGAUAAUUCACUUUUAUGUAUUUGUAUUCUCAUAGUUAAUUUUGGUGGUUGUGCAGAACUUUCUUGAAACCUGAACUUAAAAGUCAGCAAUGUGGUAGACAGGUUUUGGAACUGAAAUUGAAUUAAGGAAUGGCAUUGCUUUGCUACCACAGGAAAUGCUUUAUCCUGUUUCUCCAGUUGGGUUGCAACUGGAGAAAGUGAAGGUGGCUGGUAUGGCAUCUCUGGAAGAGCUGAGGGAGAUACUGUGGGAAUAGCAUCUAACAUGCUGCUGUACUGCACUCAACCACAGAAAAAUAAAAAAUCAGCCACCAAACCCAGGAGUGGUCCUGGGAGAGCUAAUCACAGCACUUGGGUAUGGCCCCGCAAGUGGCUUGCUAGCUCAUUGAGCUGUGAGGUCUGGUCCAGCAUCCAAGUGGGUUAUUUAUGCUUGUAGUCAUGAAUGCUGUUCUGAUGGCUGAAGAAACAAGUGGGAGAGUUCAAAUGUUCAAAUGAUGGACUGGUGAUUGAAUCAAGUUAAGGCCUUGAGGAUGACUUAUUUUUAUUUGCCUUUCUAAAGUAGCAACAAGUUGUUAGCUUACUACCAAGAUACACUGAUAGACUGGGACUACUACUGAGUUUCCAGUGUUGACCACGUAUUUCGGAAGUUCUGCUAGGCAUACCGGAGCUGGCUGUAAUAGAGAGGUCUUGUCCAAGACUCAGUGUCCCAGUGCAAUUUUGGACAAUGCUGUUAUUUUUUCAAUCUUUGUGUUAUUAUAGUUUUACUCCUGACUUUAACACAUAGUAGGAGCAUGUUUGCUAGCUGUAGCAUUAGCUGCUGAUUUGUCUUCAGAAAGGAUGAUAAAAUCUUGAAUAUCUUAGAACAAAUCCUAUGAUAUUGCAACUCUACCUUUUUUUAUAGAAAAAAUGUAACAAUAAAGCGGGUGGCAUUCUGCAAUGCAUGAGUGACCUCUUCAUCACAGCAGUCAAGGGUAGUAACUCCUAGAGCAGCCCUUGCCCUGCUGACUGCUUUGAACAAAGCUUUUUGGAGCAGCUUUUUUUCCCAGGGAUCUCGUUCAUCUAGAGCAUGUCCUUGGACAAACGCUGCAUGUGUCAAGUUUGCUCCAAGCAGUACAGUUUACAACCAGACACAGGUCACUGGUUUUCUAAACUGACCUCAUUCCUUCUCACUGUGGGGAAAUAGCUCUUCGUGAUUAUUCAGACUGGCUUUCAGGAAGAACUUUGUCAAUGAGCAAGUUACCUGCGGGCUGCUUUACCUUUGCGUUGAAGUUUGGUUUUUAUAUUCUGGUGGUAUUUUAUUGUAUUUUACUACCACGUCAGAACAAAGGCUCUGAAGGAAUGAAGGUGUUAGCAUUUAUCCUGACAUACUCCAGUGCAUAAUCCAUAAUCAGUUACUUUUGCAGUUCUCAAGGGCAUUUCUUUGGACUUGAUUCUUGAGAUACAAUUUCUGGGUGUUGCUUGUCUUAAAUUUUCAGAAAGGGGAGUUGCUGUGGCUGAAGAGAAACUUGAUUUCCAGCUGAGAUAGGAAUUUUCUAAUCUGUUAGCUGAAUCUUUACUCUUAAAUGCCACUUUACUCAUUGCAGCAUUUUAAGGAAUCAAGUAUAUAUAAAGCUGCAGCAGUUUUCUGUAGCAUAGACCAUCUUUUACUAAGUGCGUAAAUUUUACCUACAUAUUCUGCAAUUUAUUCUGCUAUUUGUGAUACCAUUCACUAUAGUGAUAUUAAGCCAAACUUACUAGAGGAAUUUAAAAUGACAUAAUCAUUCUUUGAUUGAGCUUUCUGAAAUGAUUCAAUCUUUUCAUGCCAGACAUUUGACUCUGAAGCCUGCUGCACAUUAGUAAUAGCAAUACCCUGAUGCCUUCGUAUGCUCUGGGCUAGCUGGAGAAAUGUACUACCAAAGCUAUACCUGCCUGACCUGGACCUUUCUGCUCGCUGAGGUUUAUGAGGGAGCAUUGCCUUUUCCCUCCUGUAUCUGCUCACUUAAACAGGAAGCCUAGAGAGGCCUAAGAAAUGGGAGAGCAGGUUCUGGUUGCCCGUAUGAUGUCACGGUAUGCACACGGAGUCACGGCUGUCAGGUCUGAGAUCAUGUUCCUUCUCCUCCUCUAGCUGUUUGGGUGACUAACUCCCAGCAUUUUAUGGUUUCCUUUUACAUAGCUGAAACGAUUCUGUUACAUAACCUUGCUUGCUCAACAGCAACUUAAUUUUAACAUUGGCUUUCUUCCCUUCUGUCCCCUUUGGAGCAAAGGGUGUCCACGAGCUUUAAGGAUCUGCAGUAGUUACAGAAAUAAUCUACCCACCUGUAAACUCAUGUAAAGCUGUAGAGUGUCCCAGGGUUGCUGUUUUGGGUAUGUGAGCUCUGGGAACGCUGCCUGUAGUCGUGCCAACUUCUUUCCGCCGAGUAGGUUUCAGCCAGGUUAGUGCACAGCACAUAGGGAUUUGCUUCCCGCUGUGAGGUUGUUUUGUUUAUGCUUCCGCGCUCCCAAGAUUUGCCUCUUUAUUUGAAAUAAACCAAAAAUCACUAAGUACCUCUAUACACCCCUGCAAAAUCUGUACUGUAAUGAAUCUGUAUAAUUUGUACUGCUGUAUAAAAAUUGAAUAAAAGCAUUCAAACCUUCUA